AAGAAGCAGGAGCCAAUCAGAUUGACUCCCUGCUACGCUAGCACAGCUUUGGCACAACAACAGCUCGUCGCUGUUUGUUUCCUGGUAGUAUUUGCAGGACAGUCGCCCCGAUUAACUGGAUCUAUAAAAUGGUAAAUCAGCCUCGGUGAAAACGUUUCCUUUUGACUGAUGUUGUCCUUGUUUGGGCGCUAGCGUACGCUGACGUGAAAGCCAACCUGCUGCUGUCGCGUUGUUAGCUGCCAGCUAACUGUAGCUAGCGAACGUCGGCCAUCCAGCAGAGAAAGAUGGGAUCCAUCCUGAGCCGCAGGAUCGCUGGAGUGGAGGACAUCGAUAUCCAGGCUAACUCGGCCUAUCGAUUUCCACCCAAAUCUGGGAAUUAUUUUGCCAGCCACUUCUUCAUGGGGGGAGAAAAAUUUGACACUCCACACCCUGAGGGAUACCUUUUUGGCGAAAACAUGGACCUGAAUUUUCUCGGAAACAGACCAGUGCAGUUUCCAUAUGUGACACCUGCACCUCAUGAGCCUGUGAAAACCUUGAGGAGCCUGGUUAACAUUCGAAAGGACUCUUUGCGUUUGGUCAGGUAUAAAGAUGACUCUGACACACCAGUGGAGGAAGGUGGAAAGCCAAAGGUUCAGUACGGCGUGGAGUUCACUUUCGACGCUGACGCUCGCGUGGCCAUCACCCUCUACUGUCAGGCAUUUGAAGAGUUCUCCAACGGCAUGGCAGUGUACAGCCCAAAGGAUCCAUCCAUGGUCUCUGAAACUGUGCAUUACAAACGUGGUGUGAGCCAGCAGUUCUCAAUGCCAUCUUUCAAAAUAGACUUCAGCGAGUGGAAAGAGGAGGACCUGAACUUUGACCUUGACCGAGGAGUGUUUCCCAUGGUUAUCCAAGCCGUGGUUGAUGAAGGGGACGAUUGCCUUGGACAUGCUCAUGUACUUUUGGCUGCUUUUGAGAGACAUGUUGAUGGCAGUUUCUCUGUCAAGCCCCUGAAGCAGAAACAGAUUGUGGACCGUGUGAGCUACCUCUUACAGGAGAUCUAUGGCAUCGAAAACAAAAACAACCAAGAAACAAAGCCAUCUGAUGAUGAGAACAGUGACAACAGCAACGAAUGUGUUGUCUGUUUGUCUGACUUGCGAGACACACUCAUCCUGCCCUGCAGACACCUGUGUCUCUGCAACUCCUGCGCAGACACCCUUCGUUACCAGGCCAACAACUGUCCAAUCUGCAGGCUGCCCUUCAGGGCCCUACUGCAGAUCAGAGCUGUGAGGAAAAAGCCUGGAGCUCUUUCUCCUGUGUCUUUCAGCCCUGUUCUGGCUCAGACUAUGGACCAUGACGAGCACUCUAGCUCAGACUCGGUUCCUCCUGGAUUCGAACCCAUUUCGCUGUUGGAGGCUCUAAAUGGUCUGCGUUCAGUGUCUCCCGUCAUCCCGUCUGCCCCUCUGUAUGAUGAAAUCAACUUCUCAGGAGGUCUGGGAGGUGAAAGCAGGCAGCUGAGCUCCCCGGAGCAUUUAAGUGAUGGGAGUCUGCAGAAAGGCAAAGUCAGCAAGUCACCUGAUAGCACCCUUAGAUCGCCAUCCUCUCCCAUCCAGGAGGAAGAUGAAGAGAAGCUAUCUGAAAUGUCUGAUGCUCAGCCUCACACCUUGCUAUCCAGCAGCCCCGCCCCCACAGAUGCCACAGCAACCGAAGAUGCGGCAGAGUCUCUGUCACCAGAUUAUGAGGACAGGCUGAAUUCUGGAGGAGAUAUUCUGCAGGACUGUGUCAGUGAGCACAGCAGCUUGACCAAGACAGAGAGUGAUCCACAGGGCGACCUGUCUCUGCCAGCUCUUGGUCCUGAUUCCUGCUCUAUUGGUAUGGAGGAAUAAUGAUGGCUCAUCUGAGUCAACAGAAAGCCUGAAAAGCCAGAGCACAAACUGCUCUAGUCAGCCUCUCCUGUGUGCCACGAGCAGCCUUCACAUGGAAGACGAGCACUUCAACCCCUGACUCUGUUCCUCCUAUCAUCACAACCGAUCAACGCUUUAAAAAGAUCACCCAGCCCCCAGGUUCCUUUCACAUCCCCAUCCGAGUCUUCUGCUUCCCUGACCAACCAACCAUGGACACAAAAGCAAAAUUCAUAGGGAUGAGUGUGGUUUUUAUUUUCUCUAGUGAAGAAAUUUGACUUAUGCAAAACCCUCAGUACCUUACCUGACCGACCUUUUAAAAACAGGGUGCGAGUUUCCCCUGCUUCAAAAUCAACAUUAACAGUCGGAUGGUGUUCAGUUGUGUGUUGUGGUCUAGUAAUGUGGAUUCCAGAGAUAUUUCACUGCCUGUCACGGUUGUCCUUUUUAAGCACACUUACUUUAAAUUAACUAAUAAUUUGCUUGACACUAAAGGCAGAAGAUUUUAUAUAUACGUAUAUAUUGUAUUUAUCAGUCAAAUACAUUAUUAUGUCUAACUUUUUUCCCAGGUAGGUUGGUUUAGGUUAUGAGUGGCUGAAGUGAUUUUGCACUCAAAAACACAGUUCAUAAUCCAUUCCUUAUAAGCAUCAUGAGAUUAGUUGAAUUUAUCUACAGUCUUAAGCAUCUACAUGCCCAUUUUUUAUUCUUUUAAAAGAUAUGCUGUAUGUAUAUGUAUCAUAACUGUAUUAGAAUCUUGUGUAGUUUUUUUCCAAAAUGGUAAACCUGCAUAUUCUAUAAACAAAAACCUAAUACUGAAGUAGUGAGAGUACAUUCAGUUAAUAUGCACAUUAUUUAAGACCUACAGAUUCAUAUCUUCUAACAGCUGAACUCAAAGAUAGCUCGCGCCUGCAACAAGUCCAACUGUGCUCCAGCUACGUACGCGCUGACUCCGUAUCGCACCGCAAGUGUGCUCGUCGUAGAUGUGGCAGCUCCCUGUGCCGUUCCUUUCUGUGUCUGCUUAUGUGACGUAGCUACAAAAAAAAGAGUGGGUCGGCGUUUGUCCGGCUGCAAGACCUUUAUACCAACGUUGGUCCUGUAUGUGUAGCACCAUGCAUAUAGGUCUAUGUGCCUUGAGUUGAUAUAGCUGCCUGCUUGUUGCAUUGGACAUUAGUGUUCUUCUAAACCCUGUGAUAGUUUCAGCAAGUAAGAAGAUCUUUUAACGAUGAUGUACAGUCGUUUUUUUUUCUAUCGCAAACUUCAUCUUGCUAUUGUUAUUGAGCAAUAUUGAAUUGAACUGUUCAUUUACUGUGUUAUGGACAUGUAUUAUUAUGUAUUUAAUAUUAACUUUUAAUUCUAAAUGUACAUUUCAUUGGAAGGAACAUAUCCGAUGCAGUAGAUGCAAAGUCCUUAGCGUUCUAAUGAGCGGGCGAGCGUUUGCAUGUGAGUUCGUAGAGGCUCAGAUCCCUCGCUGCUUUGACAUGUCGUGCUUAUUUUGUCUUUUCUCCCUCUUCUGUGCCAUUUCAACUUGACACUGUGCCUUCCUGUUCCCGUUCUGACCACUAUUGACCUGGUAUCCAGGACAAUAAGUCCACAGUAGGUGGUUAGUGGCUCUCUGUAAAAUCGGUCUGUAUCUCCUCGUGUGUAUAGCAGCAUGUGUAUAACAAUAAAGAACAAAGAUUGAUUACUUCA